AAUUUGGUUGCUCGUCCCUAAAUUGUGCCACCUUAAAGGAUAACAAAUUUAUUCAUGGCAUUAGUUUUCACGAACUGGAGUCCACUUCAUCGGAUGAAUGAAGCCACCUGAAACUGUUUUUUAAGGCUGCAUAUCAUUCUAAUCUUUUUAUCUCUAUAACGGCCCGGCAGAUUAUGAGAAAAGGAGAUACCCUACUCCCACCCCUCUGACUGACAAGCACACCAGGCGAAUGGUAGCUCUGCUUUUCUCACUUCUCCCUGAUUGGCAAGAACGCUCAACCAAUUCCCAUCGCCAGUUCUGUAACAAGAACGGGUACACCGGAGAGAUAAUCCUACCGCGAACUCGUCCUUUUCUGUGUGACUGACAAGCGGACGAAUCAAUGAUUCCCAUCCAGUCGAAAUAAUCCCGUUCUCCUAUUGGCUGCUGCUGUGGGCGAGUUCCCAUCUGAAGCAGCUCCUCCCCCUUAUGGUUGUUCUUUAACAGCAGGAGAAGCAGUACUUUAUUGGCAUUUUCUUGUGAGCUGAUGACCUGCCCUGGAUUGAAUCCUCCACAUCUGUUUUCCUUGGUAAUUAUGAGGCGUGACAGACCACAAGAGCGGGCAGCCAGCUGGCCAGCAGAGCACAUCAAGGUGCUUCUUGCCCUAUGGACUGAGGCAGCAGUUACUCAUGAUCUUAGCUCUCAUGGGAGGAACCGUGCAGUAUAUGAUGGCAUUUCACAGCGCCUUGCAGAAAUGGGCAUUUACCGAACUGGGGACCAGUGCCGGGAGAAAAUGAAAGGCCUGAAAGUAGCUUACCGCAAAGCUAAAGAAAAUAACUCAGUGGGGCGGCCACCUAUCAAAUGUCCAUUCUAUGAUGAGAUUGACCAGAUAAUGACACAAUAUAUAAACUGCAGACCAGGCUUUCCCUCGGAGGCUGGUGAGGGGUCCAGUGUCUCGGCAGACAGACAGGAAAGCAUCUCCAUCUCUGAGCCCUGGGGGACCCAGUCUGGCAUUUCUGAGCGUUGGGGAUCUCAGGCCUCUGGGCACUGGUUGUCACAGACUGCUGCCUCUGAAAGCCAAGGGACUGACGAAUUCAGCUAUGCCCAGGCAGAGUCUCAGGAUGCCUUUGGUGAAAUCCAAGUCAUCCCAGUUCAAGUGAAGGAAGAGGAAUCAGAAGAUGAAAUAUCACCUGAGCUUGAUGUAGCCUCUCCUAUUGUGAUGGAGACCCAGCCUACACCAAGACAUCUCAUCUCUAUGCUCGACCAACGUCCCCACCUUCGAACCCGGAAGCAAAAAGUUCAGGGAGAAGGGCAAUCAAGCUACCAAAGAGGAGGCACUGGCCAGAAAUACGGGCGUUCGCAUCAGCUGGAACUGCAGAGAAUGCAGAGACAGGUUGCUAGCCAAGCAGAGGAGAAGCAGAGUUUAGCAGAAUUCAUCCAGCAUGACAGGGAGAUGCGCCGUGAGGAUAGGGAGUUCCAGGCCCAACUCUUUGAGAAGCUUUUUCAGAAACAAACUGAGCUUGUCCAGGCACUGACUCAGCGACCUCCUGUCAGCCCUACUGCUUGUACCAACGCUCUGCACGCCUUGCAGAUGUCAACAAAGAAUGGAGCAGGAACAGCUGCAGGUCCUGGGUCACAGCUACAGGCUUUGCUAGAGCAGAUAAUGCAAGCUGAAGUAUCAGGAAAGGGCUUAACCAGACUUACAGUGAAGGAGGCAUUUGGAGGAGCAGUGAAGGUGCCCCCUGAAGUGCAGUACUGGACUGCUGAAGAGAUACUGAGAUGGCUAUUAUCUCAGCAGUCUCCUGGAGACCAACGCCAGGAGGUGCUGGCAGGCCUGAGGCCUCCCAUUGCGGGGCAUGUGGAAACAACAGGAAAGGGUGAUAACCCAGAGGCACAUUUCUCUGUUUUGAAUCCAUUAUGUGAUUCCUACCAGAGUUCUAGACAGCAAGGUAAAGACCAACUUCAUAGCAAGGCCCAACAACUGUGUGGCAGCAAUUGUGCUAAAGUGCUGGAAACAGACAUAGACUUAGAGACACAGCAUCAGUCUUUCAGGCAGUUCCGCUACCAGGAAGCCCAGGGACCCCAGGAGGUGUACAGGUGCCUGUGGGGCCUUUCCCAUCAAUGGCUGAGGCCAGAUGUCCGCAGCAAAGAGCAGAUCAUGGAGCUGCUGGUUGUUGAGCAGUUUUUGAAUAUUUUGCCCGAGGAGAUCCAGACUUUGGUACGUGAAUGUCAGCCAGAAAAUGGCAAGGAAGCUGUGGCCCUGGCAGAGAGAUUCCGGCUUCACUUUGAGUCCAAGAGGCAACGGGACCAGGCACGGGUGAUAUCUGAUGACAUGGUUGCAGAUUCCCCCCAAGAAGAAUUGGAUGAAGAUAGGAGACAACCUUGCAUCAAAGAUAGUCAAGAGAACCCUAGGAAGGUUGGCUUACUUGGUACAGAAGCACACCUGCGGCUAAGGAAGAGGCCAAAAUCAGGUCCAAGAGAACGGAUUGUGCCCACACAAGUUGGAGAACAUGGAGAGGCAACAACAAAGCAAAGGAAGCUGGACAAUAACUUAGAGGAGCAGGCUGAGGCUGGGGUGAAAGCAAAGCAAAUGCCAACCCCUGCGGCGGGAAAGCAAGCUGGGAAAGCAAAAGGGCGGGGAAGAUCUGUUUCAGGUUGUGAUGUUGCUAUGGCUGAGGAGAGCCUGGAUGAGGGGAAAGCCAAGAUGGAGGGCAGUGGUAGGGUUUUAGAAACUCUGAACGGGGUACUCUCUUCUAAUUCGUUGUGUGAGCAGAAGACAUCAGCUAGCCUUGGGCCAUCUCGGUUGGCUUUUGACAAGGAUGACGCUGUGUCCUGUCCCCAAGUUGGGAAUGAUGGUCAUAUGUCUCCUGAGGUAGAUGGACCUUCCCUCAGUGACAGCAUUGAGAUGUUACUGGAUUCUCCCUGGAGUGGAAAUGGCAGUGGCGACACAACCCAUGAUGGACCAUCAGGUUCCAGGAUGCUCCCGUCCUGUGCCAGCUGUGCUAUGUUGAAGGCUGAUCUGGACUCCGUGCAUGAGGAGCUCAGACUAACCCAAGCUUCCACUCUAUAUGGGCUGAGUGGCACCUCUUUACAAGACUUGUCAGAGGCUCUUGGCACUAUUGUGCACAUCCUGAACAACAGGAAGUCCCUGUCAGUAACAAACACAUCCCAGAAUGUUGCUGAAAUCUCCAGUAGGCCAGUAUGGCGAGAGAGAAAUCACUUCUGAAACAUAAACCAAACUUACCCCAGCAUCAAGAAAUUCAGCAGCAAUAUUGACAACAUUAGGAUGACCUGAAUUAAAAGGAAGAAAGUGCCCUCAGCUCUUGGUUGUCUGAGACAUAACUGAUCCUGCUACAUUCAUUAUCUUAUUCCACCCCACUCCACCCCACCUCCUUAGCAAAUCAUGUAAGUUGCUCAGGCUGCAGCAAGCUCUGGAGCUGAAGAUCUUUGCCUGCUGUGGUGCAGAUGUUGACUGUCAGUAGUGUCUUAUUAUUGUUACUCUAGGAGUUGUUUGUUUUUUUAUAAAGUAGUACCCGUUUCUUUCCUGCUUGGGUCUAAAUAAAGCAAUUGGGAACAUUUU